CUAAUUAUUUCAAUACUAAAAAGUUUGACGUUUUAUAAAUAAUUAUUUUUUAUUUUGAAUAAUAUAUUUUUUGAAUAAUUUUUUAUUUAAUGAAUUACAAUGGUACUAUCUCCAAAAGAAUGUUCAGCAUUAUUAAAUUUACUGAGCGACGAAAAUAUUGAAAAUACCACUCUAGAAGGAUUAAUUGUUCAAAUGCAUCAAACUUUUAAUAAAGUGGAUUACUAUAAUGUUGGAUGUGCCCUUAUAUUAUUUUUAUAUCAACCGGAUUUAAUACCUCAGCCAGCUCAGAAACUUGUUGCUAUAUUAUUUUUACACGAAAUAUAUUCUUCAGAUAAUAGGACAACAUCUCCAUUUGAUGGAAUUCUUUUACAGUUAUUGAGCCCUCCAGAAAAACCUACAGGACCAGUCAGUCUACCUCGCUUAAAUGUUAAUGAACGAAAUUUUAUUAUACAAUUACUUACAGGAUCUGCUAAAGAUAGUUUAAAAAAAACUGCCAAACAAGUUCUGUUGCAAGAAUCAUCAACUCCACUAAAUGUGGAUGUUAAUAAUCUCCUUACUUCAAUUUCUCAAAAUCAUAAUGAUUUUAUGACGACUAGUAAAUCAGCUAUACCUGUUAUCAUAAGUGAUCCGGUAGCCAAUGAACUUCAAAGUUCCUCGGAUAGUGAAAUAAUUAAAGAAGUUGCUGAAAAAUUAGUUUGUGGGGAAUCACCACCAGUUGAUCAAUGUUAUAAACCUGAAUUUGUUACACUAGCACCGCCAUUGCACGUUUGUGAAGAUGAGCUAGUGUGGUUUAAUGUUACAAAUCCAGCGGAACAUUCAGUGGCAUAUGAUUCAACAAUGUGUAUUUGGAAUUCAGGAUAUGCUGAUGCAAAACAAUUAGUUGCCCAAGCGUACAAAGGAGCAUUAACAAUACAACAGCAACAAAAUUUAUUAACACAAUUAGAAAGACAUCCAAAAAUCGUAUAUCACAUUGGAUUAACACCAACAAAAUUGCCAGAGCUUGUGGAAAAUAACCCGUUAAUAGCGAUUGAAGUUUUACUAAAAUUAAUGCAAUCAACACAAAUUACCGAAUACUUCAGUGUGUUAGUUAAUAUGGAGAUGUCACUACAUUCAAUGGAAGUUGUGAAUAGAUUAACCACAACUGUUGAUUUGCCAACAGAAUUUGUUCAUUUAUACAUUUCAAAUUGUAUAUCGACAUGUGAAACAAUAAAAGAUCGUUACAUGCAAAAUCGUCUUGUUCGACUUGUUUGUGUUUUCUUACAAUCACUAAUACGUAAUAAAAUUAUUAAUGUUCAGGAAUUAUUUAUUGAAGUGCAAGCUUUUUGUAUAGAAUUUAGUCGUAUUCGAGAAGCAGCUGCAUUGUUUCGUUUAUUGAAACAAUUAGAAUCUGGUGAAGUCAAUGUUGGUGCAAUAACAUCACCGACCAAUUCAAAAUCAAAACUUGAGUCAUAAAUUAUAUAUAUUUUUUGAAUAGAU